AGCUCUCCGCCCCCUCCUCUGGUGGUGGCGCCGGCUUGCAGCCCGGGUCGUGGCGGUUUCGGUGCCCCAAGCCGGGAGCGCGGAGUCGUUCCCGGAGCGGCGGCCAGGCUAUGAUCGCGGGUCCCUGGAGUCCCGCUCCGGUCACCCAGAGUCCCUGUCUCAGCUUGUGCCCGUACCCGAGCGGUCUCCUCAGCCCGGCCCCGCGGCGCGGUUGGCGGCGGCGCCCCCGGCGCGCCCCCUCCUCCCGAUGGCGGCGGAGGUCCAGCCCAAGCCGCUGACCCGCAAGCCCAUCCUGCUGCAGCGGGUCGAGGGGUCCCAGGAGGUGGUGAAUAUGGCCGUGAUCGUGCCCAAGGAGGAGGGCGUCAUCAGCGUCUCGGAGGACAGGACCGUUCGUGUAUGGCUGAAGAGAGACAGCGGACAGUAUUGGCCAAGCAUAUACCAAGUGAUGCCUUCUCCAUGUUCAUGCAUGUCUUUUAACCCGGAAACAAGAAGACUGUCCAUAGGUCUAGACAAUGGUACAAUCUCAGAGUUUAUUUUAUCAGAAGAUUAUAACAAGAUGACUCCUGUGAAAAACUAUCAAGCGCAUCAGAGCAGAGUGACCAUGAUCCUGUUUGUUCUGGAGCUGGAGUGGGUGCUGAGCACGGGGCAGGACAAGCAGUUUGCCUGGCACUGCUCGGAGAGUGGGCAACGCCUGGGAGGUUACCGUACCAGUGCCGUGGCCUCGGGCCUGCAAUUUGAUGUUGAAACCCGGCACGUGUUUAUUGGUGACCAGUCAGGCCAAGUAACCAUCCUCAAACUGGAGCAAGACAACUGCACGCUGGUCACAACAUUCAGAGGACAUACAGGUGGGGUGACUGCUCUCUGUUGGGACCCUGUCCAGCGAGUGUUGUUCUCGGGCAGCUCAGAUCACUCUGUCAUCAUGUGGGACAUCGGUGGGAGAAAAGGAACAGCCAUCGAGCUCCAAGGACACAAUGACAAAGUCCAGGCCCUUUCCUAUGCGCAGCACACACGGCAGCUCAUCUCCUGUGGUGGUGAUGGCGGGAUCGUGGUCUGGAACAUGGACGUGGAGAGGCAGGAGACCCCUGAAUGGUUGGACAGUGAUUCCUGCCAAAAGUGUGAUCAGCCUUUCUUCUGGAACUUCAAGCAAAUGUGGGACAGUAAGAAAAUUGGCCUAAGACAGCACCACUGCCGCAAGUGUGGGAAGGCCGUCUGCGGCAAGUGCAGCUCCAAGCGCUCCUCCAUCCCUCUGAUGGGCUUCGAGUUUGAAGUGAGGGUCUGUGACAGCUGCCACGAGGCCAUCACCGAUGAAGAACGUGCACCCACGGCGACCUUCCACGACAGCAAACAUAACAUUGUGCACGUGCACUUUGAUGCAACCAGAGGAUGGUUACUGACUUCCGGAACUGACAAGGUUAUUAAGUUAUGGGAUAUGACCCCAGUCGUGUCUUGAUGACACUGCAGGCGUCAGAAAGAUAGUAUUUACUCAAGAAACGGUUGUCGGAAUCCACAUCGUUACUGGAGCUGUCAGCAGACGUGUGAGAGUUGGAGAGAAACUCGCGGGCCGGGCUGAGUUGGCAUGGGAGCUAGUGAGUGGACACUGGCGAGGGGACUCUUUCAACCUGUUCAUACAAUAGAAAAGAAGAUAUUUUUUUAACAAAUGGUUUAUACACUCUGGCUGUGCUACCUUGUUUUGAACAUACUGAAAACUCUGUGCGGGGUGUUUAAUUUGUAUGUGUUUCUCACUUCCUUCUCGUUGUUGCUUCGUGUGUUGGAGAGAGAACGGAGGCAUCUGUUCGGGGUAUUUUUGGUCGUUAUAAAAUCAUUUCCAUGUUUCCUUCACUUGGUCACGUAUUCUGUGGUCGGCCUCCUUUUCCUCUCUCUGUGUCACGCCCCGUCUGCGUCAUGUUCUCCUGUGUAUGUGUUUAUAUUUACACUCUUUAUUCUCAGUGUUACUGCUUUCACAGACCUCCUCUUCCACUGAGACGUUCAGAAAACCGUUCAUGUGGGUUUUCCAGCUGACUUCUUGAAUCACCUGAAGAGUAAUCCAUUUGGAGUGUCUAACUCAUUCCUGUGUGGGCCGCAUAGACGUGACCUUAUGCUUCUGCCUCAGUCUUCGGUCUCUGCUGUGAGAAAGCGAUGUGACCACUGUGGUCGCAGAAGCAAGUGAUUGUAACUCCGGGCUCCAACUCUCAGUGCCUGGAUCGUUUCUCAUUCAGUGGAGCCUUCUGAGCCUUUUAUGUUUUCCUGUGAUUCACACAGCUCUUCCUCGCUUACAGUAUUCAAAACAAACCCAACAACAAAAAAAACCCCAAACCCUGUGUCCUUCAGAAAAAAGCAUCUUUAAGAUGUGUUUGUCCACACGACGUCACCUCUGAAUUUGAAUGUGCUCCUUACUGCGAGAUUAUAUCCUGCUCUACUCCUCACCAUCUGUAUUUUCUUCCCCUUGAGAAACUAGAUAUUUAAAGAUUUUUAUCUUCAUGUAUUUUAGCAGAACACUUUGCACACUUUCAUACUAAAGCUGUGUGAUCUGAGACAUGAAAGGUACCGAGUCCUACAGCUCAUACUGUGUUCCAGUUAGGAAUGUUAAAAAAAAGAAAAGAAAAAAGAGGGCUUUAGAAAACGAACCUGAAGAAUUCUAAUUUUAAGGGAAUCCAAUCAAACUUGAUAAGGUGAAAUAUUCUUGUGUGUAGUGACUCAACUCGGGAUAUUGAAGUCCUUUUUAGAAAUCUUAUUUUCACCUGUUGGCAGCAGGCGUGUGCCAUGAGCCUGUCCCAUCAUGUCCACUUUACACGUCCCACCUCAUCCACCCUCACCUGUCAGGGGCAUCAGAGGAGCCCUGAGUCUCUUGAGGAUCCCCAGGUUAAAUUAAGCCUUGUAGAGAAAUAGUUCAGUUACUCGCCCUUCACUCUCCAGGCCAUCCAUGUUAUCUUGUUCACUUCCGAUUUGACAGGUUUUUGGCAGUGGUGUUUGAAAUGCUCCCUAUUUUUUUUUUUUUUGGAAAGCCAUUUUUUUCCCUCACAAUUAUUAAUUACUUUUCUUUCCAACUGGGAAAAGUACUACCCGCCAUCCUCGGCUGCCAUAGUCCCAUUCUCUGAAGACCCCCUUGACCCUUGUGUCCCUGGGGCUGGGUCUUCCUAUAGACGGCUGUGUUGCCGCAGCACGGGGAAGCAGGGCCAGUGGGUAGGCCCGGGCAGCCAUGGUACAUGGCAGCCGUCACCUGAGACAUCAGGGCAGCUCGUGUGACCACACUCUAAGGUUGUACGCACGUGUACACACACACGCACGGAGGCAGUUACCACUUGUCACUUCGCUGUCCCCUUCUGCACCAUCCUUGCCUGCCAUCAGUCAAAGCUGUUAGAACUCAGCUGAUCUUGUCUGCAUGAUUGUGAGAGAGCUUUCAAAAGGGAAUGCAAUUUAAAAUAUUCAAGUAUCUAUUUUAUGGUUUACUACUGGAACUUGUAGCCACGUACUAAGUUGUACCUAACAGAGAAUCCUGUGUUGGAAACGAGUAAUAGAAAGGAAUUGCUCUGUUUUCCCUUCCCUAAUUUCGGAGCGUGGCCCGUAUGCAGAGAGGGAGACGGUGUCAGUUGGAAGCAGUAGGUCAGUGCCCAGUGAGCCUGAUGUGGAUCUGAGUUAGGUCUGGAGGAGCUCACACCCCACCGGUGAAGCUGAUGUCCCUGCUGGCACGAGUGUCCAGCACGGUUGCCUGGGCUGUGACCCUGCACUUCACUGCAGCCGUGUCCCUCCCAGUGUGGCUGUUCCCCAGCCCGCAGAGCCACUCAGAGGUUGACACCACUUGCCACCUCAUUGGUGAGGAGAGUCAUGAUCAAAAGCCACAGACACGUCAUAGUAUCCACUGCUCUGCCCUUCUCUUUCUCCUUAUCUGUGUGGUGCUUGAAUUUGUUAAGAAGUACUUAGCAAACUAACGGUGUUGUGUUUGUGAUACUGUGAAUUCUUGAGUUUUAGGAUGAGUGUCUCCACCAUUUUGUGUAACUCAUGGAGGGAGAGAGGCUGGUGUCAGGUGUCUUCCCAGCAUUUUCUGGACUGGAGGCUUCACUCAUAGGAGUGAAAGCUGGCGCCAGCACAUGACUUUUCUCCUGGCUGGGUUCACUGUCAUAGUUCUUAUUUUGCCCUCUUGGAAUUGCACUUUACAUAUAUUUUUGCUCUGUUACUUCAGCAGUUCUGGCAAGUAAUGCCUAACGUGGACUGCACAUCUCACGCACAGACUUGCUCUGCAAUUGGUAGGAUAAAACCAAUCACGUGCUCUCGGUUUCUCCAAAGAAAUGAUGUUACUGGAACCUUUCAUGGCCUGGGUUUGUGUCUGCAGUAGCAAAGGUGGUUUUAAAUUAAGUACUUGGAAUUGCAUGUCUUUUUAUAUGAGGUCAGUCAAUGAUGUAUUUCUUAUUUGAUUGUUUCAAUUAUUCAAGGAAUCAUAAACUCACAAAACUGGAAGGGAUCUUCAGAGAUCUAGAAUGUUCCAAGCAGAAAACAUUUGGUCAUACCAGGCAGUCGGAUAUAGCUGAGGUGUCAACAGGAGAAUCUAAAGGAAGAAUUUUCAAGGAACACGUGCUUUUGGACAUUAACUACUAAUGGCAUGACUAGGAGGAGUGACCUCUAGGCAGCUCUUGGGAACCAGGCCUUAUCCUCUUGUAGGUGAAUCUGACACUGCUUUUGGCCCCAGCCCUGUUUCUCAGUGAGUGGGUACUAAUGAGGCAAUCCUUGCAGGUCUUGAUAAACAUAAACUUCCGACACUCUUGCUCAUGGACCCUCCCCCUCAGCAACAAAAUCCAGAUGGAAAUCUGAGGGCAUUGAAAAUUCGUCUUCCCCUGUUUGUCUGAAGACCGGCCUUGAGUGAGUCUCUGAGCCUACAGCCUUUGCCUUUCUUAGGGAACACCACCUUUUCAUGGCUUGAGAUUCAUUUUUGAAACACAUAAUUUAUUUUUGCUUAACAUUAAUCACUUUUUAAAGCCUGGACAUUGACUUAUAGGUAAAGAGAUAGCUCUAAACUAUGUACCAAAGUUACUGGACAUAAAUAUUCAUUAAAUGAGAUUCCUUUGAUUUUGCCUUUUCAUAAUUUAAUUAUAUAUAAGGGAUCAUGUUUACUAAGAUACAUGUUUUAAAGUAAAAGAAAACACUUUGCCAAAACAGUCUUUUUCUCUCCUUUAAAAUAAAGGUAAAUUUUAACGGACAGUGGCUACCUAGCAAGUUGGUUGGGAAGCACAGAAAUUAAGUCCAUUUUAAACACGGCGUUCUCUAGAUGAGCCACGAGAGUGUAGCCCACUUCAGCCAUUUGUGGGGCGUCUGCCCCAAGCCAGGCUUUGAACUAGGCCAUGGGGUGCCGGGGCCCAUUCCCUGGCCUGGGCAGAGGCCACACGGGGGAGUGGAUGGGUCGUUUCGGUCCCAUGGGGUCCGUUCUGUGAUAGAAGUGUGCGCGGGGCCCACCACAGGAGUUGCGCACAGGGUGCCCGCCCCCCAGCAGAAAGGACUUCUGAGCCGAGGGUUAAAGGUGCAGUUGGAGUGAGUCCAAUAGGGAAAUGACUUGCAGGCUGCCGAAGCAGAAACAAAGGCCUGCGAGCUGGCAUCAGCCUGGUACACAGGGCCACAAGCGAUCUGGAGUUGCCAGAGAGUGUCAAGUGCUCGGCUGUAGUCCUGGGGCCUGGGCUAUUGUCGCUAUGGGGGGGAGCUAUGCGGGGUGGCCUGUGACCUCAGAGGGAGGCAGCACAUGAUUCACCACAGGGGGUUCGCUCAGGAGUUUGAGAGUCAGUUUCCUGCAGCUGACUGAGGUUAGUAUCUUGAGUUUUUUGUUGUUUUUUUUCCUUUAGAAAGACCUGGGAUGAUUAUCUUAAAAUGACCCAUGGCAACUAAUUUUGAACUCUCCGGAGGCCAUGAGGUAGAGCUGGAGGCCCCCACAUGCGUGGACUAGGCCUGGGAGAACUUCUGUGCUAAUUCCCAUAUGACACAGGUGGGCCAGGCUCGGCUGCUCCCCUUUGAAAAAGGAAAGACUAUGACGGGUGGUAGGAGACUGUUCUAGACAACUGUGGCAUCAGAGGAAUAUGCAGAGCCAAGCCCUUUGGUGCAUAAGCAGGCGGCCAUCCUCCAUUUCCCUGCCGGCUCGAAAUCAUUCUUGCAAGUCAUGGGUCUUCUCAGUACAGUGUGGAGAACGUGAUAAAUCCUCAUCGUCGUGCCUCUUGCCACGUGGAAGGGAACAUUUUUCUCAGGUCAGAGACUGUGAAGAGGGCUCAGGCAGCGCCCCCUCCAAGACCUGGCUCUGCCCCGCAGGGGUGUCUCAGCAUCCCCCCCACGGGGCUUGGCACUUUCUGGGUCUUGCCAUUCUAUCCAUUUGCCUUUUUCUUUCACUGCCCAAGUGUCCUACGUCCAUUACUUAGUUCAGGAAUAUCCAUAUUCAUUUUUCAACUUCAGCUCAACUUCACACCCGAGAAUUACAUACAUACCAACGCUUGAGGGUUUUAGUUUGUAAUUUAGCCUUUAAACAUGAUCCUUUCCACUGAGAAACCUAUUUAGGCCUAACACACAAAAGCAGUCUCUAAAAAUAUGAUCUGUCCAGAAUUGGAGUGGGAUUCCUCCUUUGUGUUUCGCAUGCCAGGGAAUGUUUGAACAGACGGUAGCUAGUCCCUUGUCAGAGAUGUGGGAGGCCAGCUAAGGCUUGGAGGAGGAACUGAAUUGGAUGAUCGUUCUUGAGACCCCUUCCAGUCCUGCGAUCCUGUGAUUCCACGAAUGUUUACUUUUGGACUAGUGGCUGACUUCACUCGGACAGACAGGAGUGUAUCGGAAGGUCAUUGUCUUCUGUCAGGUCAAGGAAAUUGCUCUCUGCAUUUUUCCAUCUAGAGAUCUGGAGGAGAUGGUGAAGGUGGACGUUGAUCAUGGUACCAUCUCAUUAAAAAUAAGAUACCUCAAAAUGUUCACCUUUGUGACUCAAAAACGCUAGCUGACUUUUCUUGGGAGAGAAAGUGUCAGGGAACCAUAGGUUGGUUUAAAGGUCUUUUUUCUCUUGGUUCUCUGGGAAUCAGAAGAGGGUGAACUCUAAUACAAAAAGGGAAAAUGGUUUGCAAAACGUAUUUCAUUUACAUGCACGUGUUUUUCUCCCAUUUGAAUAGAUGGCAGCCUUAGGCCCCUAGCAUCCGCCCGUAUGAAGUAUAGACCAAACACUUGUGUCACUGGCAACCACGGUACUCUUCAUAUAUUUGUGUUGGACGCCAUUUGCCUUGCUUUUUAAAUGACUUUUUUUCAUGUACUGUCAUUUUGCAAAAGAAAAUCUUUAUAUGAAAAGUACAAAAACUGUUAUUAACUGGACAACGGGGAAGGUGCUAGCCCUCCGUUCGUGCCUGCCUACCUACCGCUGUUCCUAACCAGGGCAACGGACUCUUCCAUGCUGCACGCCGUCCGUCUCGGGCCCCCGUAGAACCCGGCUGCAGCAGGCAUGUUACUUCAUGGAUAUCUUUUUCUUUCUUUUUGAAAUGAGCUUCCCCAAGGGGUCAGGUUGAGAAUGUCAUGAGCCUGAAGCUGGAACAGAUUUCUCACAUGCGGUUCUAGCAGAACCUUCUGGCAUCACCAUGCUCUCUGCCAUUGGAGACAUUGACAUUGACUUCCUGACUGAUAUAGGGGGACCGAGCAAGAACUUAUAAUGUUAAAAUGCCUGUAUCCGGUUCUACGUUCAAAUGCUGCUGGGUGUUGUGAAUGUUUUUAAACUCUGCUCACUUUCUCACUGUGUUCCCUCUAACUGAAACAUGCCUUUGGCCAUUACCAAUGUAAAAGACUCUCAAUGCAAAGUUGCCUCCACGGUUUAAAAUAAAUCUCUGUGGAAACCUU